GUUACAACAACAACACGCGUAUGCUACAUGCUAAUGACGAAAUGAAAGACCUGGCUUUUUGUCUCCUUUUCAACGUCACAAUGGCGGCGUAGAGCACAUUUUAAAAGUAAGUUUUACACAUGAAAGCCGCGCCACAAUGGAGGAGAAAUCGAGGUUAAACGCACGCUUCUACGCAAGCGAUGCUAAGCGCCAAAGCUAACGGCGCAGCUAACAUGGCCGCUCCGCCAACAACAGCGCGCUAGCUAACAAAGCUAGCUGGCCAGCUCGGCGUGAAGGCGCCGCGAGCAGCCGCCAAGGUUUAACACAAAAGCGAAGAAAAGAGUGGCGGAAGCACGAAUAAAUGCAGCGGACGCGGUAAUCGGGAAGAAAAGAGCACGUCUCGCUCGCGCACAUUGUGUCCGACAAGAAAGUGAAAAUGGCGGUGAACAGGAGGCCGCCAUUCGCCUUACCGGAGGUCUCGUCCGCGCCGUCAUGGUUCGAGUUGAGCUCCUUUUUACUGACUUUAGCCGCCGAGGCCGACAUGUUGUCUUGAGCUGGGUAGACUUGGGGGCGUCGUCGAGAGAAGCCGGUGGUGAAGAUGUUCGUUCUUCUCCUGGUGCAGGAGAGCGCUGAGCGACGUAAAGUUGAGCGGUGACGCCAGCAACGUGCUGCUGUAAGCUAGCUUGCUGCCUGCUGCUGUUGCUGCUGGAGGAGGAAGCGCCUUUCAUCAGCGGCGAUGGAGAGCUCCGCCUCUCAAAGGGAGGGGCGUGUCUCCUGGCUGUCCCAAAGACUGAGUGUUCCUGUUGGCGAGGGUGUGUGAGCAUGUGGUCCGGCGGCGUCCAAUGGAGAGGCCAGAGCAGCUGAUGGGACCCGGCCGGCAUCAUCAGCAUCAGUCCUGGCAGCAUCCUCCCUUCCUCUCUCCCUCCCUCCCUCCUGAAGGAGAGGAGAUUUGUUGUGGGAUGAGGAUGCAGCAGGAAGCGGACACAGCGGGGACACAAGGAGGACGGGCUGGCUGUGUGAUGUAGGAGGAGAGGAUCAUCAUCAUCAGUGUUUUCAAGGAGAGUGAAGGUGGAAAGGAGGAUGACACAUUAGUGCUUGUGGGGGAACAUCAUCACACCUGAGGAUGUUGUCCACGGUGCAGCAGAUGCUGCAGGACGGCCGCUCUAAGUUGGAGCUCCUCCGACAGCACAUCAUCAAAGCGGCCCAGGCGGGAGGCGGCGAUGACGCCACCAACGACCGCGGUCGGCGUGACAUCACACGGCCAGAUGCCGGCCUGCGGGACGCCCGCCUGGCCGAGCUGCGGCAAUACACGCAGAGAGAGCGCGACGCCUUGGAGCGGGCCAAAGAAGUCCUGGGGAGAGCCGCGCCAGACCACAAGGCUCACGUGGAGGUACGCUCGCCAGCCAAAACAGCAGCACCCACGGAGGCGGGCACAAGCGAGCAGUCUGUCCUCGUCUUGGCGUCUCAGGCGGAGGCUCGAGCACGCGAGUCUUCCGAGAAGCUGGCCCUGCUGCGUGCAUCCGUGGAGGCGCGCCUUCAGGACGGAAGCGGGACGGUCAGAGGUGGCGAAUCCCUCGGGGGAGCCAUCUUGUCCGGCAGACCCGCCUACCUGACAGGGAAGCUGGAGGUCAGACUUCUCGGAUGCGAGGACUUGAUGUCCCCUCCGACUCACGUGGAGGAGGAAGAGGAGGAUGCCCCGCCCGCCUGCACACCUUCAGGAGGAGCAGAGACCAGCGCCGUGCUGAGGUUGGACAGCAGGGUGGUGGACAGGACCCAGUGGGCUCCCGUGGGCAAGAUGACCUGGGAUCACACCUUCUACAUCCAACUGGAAAGAUCCCGAGAGCUGGAGGUGGACGUCGUGUGGCGGGACGGGAAGAGCGUGUGCGGCCUCGCCUUCCUACGCCUAGAGGAGCUGCUGGACCAGAAGAAGACCUCCUCAGGGGUGUGGCGUCUGGAACCGCGAGGCAUCCUCCACGCCCAGGUGACCUCCACUUGUGUAUUCCACCAUGUUAAAUACAUACUCAGUAUAUGGACGUUCUUUUUUUUAAUCUUUCCACUUCCGUGUCAUUUUAAGUUUCGCUUCAUCGACGUGGUUGUGGAGCAUCAGCCCAAACUGAGACGCCAGCGAUGUAUUUUUACUAAAGAGAGAGGUAAAAAGUUUGUGCGAGCGGCUCAGCUGAACAUGAACUUUGCCACGUGGGGUCACCUGAUGAUGAGUGUCCUUCCUCGCUACGCCUCCUCCAGCACGCUCAGCUCCGCCGUCGUCACGGCCGAGCCAACGGCGCCGAGGUCGCAAGUGCCGCCGUCUCCAAAUUGUGGGUUCUCCGCCGGGUCAUGUGAUCUUUUAAGUUUUUUUUCUCCCCCCCCCACAAUGUGCAGCGAGGACACGCCCAACAUCAGAACUCCUCCCAGCCGGCAAGAGGCGACGCGGGAUGACGCCUCAGUCCGAGUGCCGCUUCGGCAGCAGCCGCAGUCGUCCUUCAGCAGAAGAAAAGGAAGCCAAGACGAGUCUCCCGUCAAGAUGCGUGUGGAGGACCUGCGGUACGUGUCGGUGCUGGGCAGAGGUCACUUUGGGAAGGUUCUGCUGGCCGAGUUCAAGAAGACGGGCGGGCUGUACGCCGUCAAAGCCUUGAAGAAGAACGACAUCCUCACGCGGGAUGAGGUGGACAGGUGGGUGACGGGCGGGACGGACUCUGCCCCCACCCCCACUCCCCAGGUCAGAGUGAGACGUGUGGUCUUCUGCAGCCUGAUGAGCGAGAAGAGGAUCUUCGAGAUGAUCAACGCGUCCCGUCAUCCCUUCCUGGUUCAUCUUCACAGCUGCUUCCAGACGGGCGAGCACGUCUGCUUCGUCAUGGACUACCUUCCCGGAGGAGACCUGAUGAUCCACAUCCACAACAAGGCCUUCAGCGAGGCCCAGACCAGGUUGGUGGACCGAGACCUUCCUGCCGGUCCGUCGCCUGAUUCCAGAUUCUUCCUCAGGUUCUACUCGGCCUGCGUGCUCCUGGCUUUGGAGUUCCUGCAUGCCAACAAGAUCAUCUACCGAGACCUCAAGCUGGACAACCUGCUCAUGGACGCCGACGGCUUCGUCAAAAUGACUGACUUUGGACUUUGUAAAGAAGGUGGGAUGGGACACGGAGAUCGCACGUCCACCUUCUGCGGGACGCCAGAGUUUCUGGCGCCGGAGGUCCUGACGGAUGACGACUACACGCGGGCCGUGGACUGGUGGGGGAUGGGCGUGCUCAUCUACGAGAUGCUGGUGGGCGAGUCUCCCUUCCUGGGCGAGGAUGAGGAGGAGGUGUUUGACAGCAUCGUCAACGAUGACGUGCAGUACCCACCAUCGCUUCCUGCUGACGCCGUGGCCAUCAUCCAGAAGCUGCUGAAGAAGAACCCGCUGAAGAGGCUCGGCGCCGGAGAGAGAGACGCCAACGAGUUGAAAGGAGAGAUGUUCUUUCAGGACGUGGACUGGGGCGCUCUGCUGGCCAAGAAGGUGAAGCCUCCUUUCCUGCCGUCCAUCAAAGACUGGGCCGACGUCAGUAACUUUGACGACGACUUCACCAGACUGCAGCCCGUCCUGUCCCCACCCGCCGAGCCCGGCAGCCUCUCGGCCGAGCAGCAGAGUGCCUUCGCCGACUUCGACUUCUGUGCUUUGCACGGCUGAGAGAGGAGGAGGAGGAGAGGAGCUGGACCAGGAGGUCCGGAAAAUGCGAGGGUUCCAGAAGAUUCAUGGCUGCCAACACGGACUGUUCUAGCAAUUCUUCCACUCGCUUUGGUUGAUCCAAGAAGUGCUUCCGCUUCACGCCUCACUGUGACGAGCUCCGCCCACUGCCAUGACCUCACAUGACGCCUGACGUAGCGGCGUGAAUAAAAGCAAUAAAAGAGAAGAAGAAGCAGCCAUAGCGAUAGCGCCAUACCUGAUAAAAGUAGUAGUGAUAAAAGCUCCACAAGUGGUUUAUUUCAAUAUUCCAUUACACAAACAUCAACAACCCCGCCCUCCACACCAAAGACGAGUGGGAUUGGUCAAAGAGGAAGAGGGGGCGUGUCCAAGCUGCUUAGUAAAUGUUACUCAUGCUAUGAAUGAAUGAAUGUCAGCAUUAAAUGAAAUACACUCAUCCAUUCAUCUACUUCAUGUUGGGUUCACCCGACUUCCUGUUUGUGUGACUGGUGCGUGGGGUCCGAGCGUUUACCUGGAGUCAGACGGGGUUGUGGGUGUUCCCGUGGUAGACCUGCUCCCACGCCACCGCCCCGCAGGUGCAGAAGAAGUCCCGCAGGUUGCAGAGGAUGCCGCGGUCGAAGGGGUUGUCCUCGUCGAUGCGCUCCCUCAGGUAGGCGAUCCGGUGGCGGGACAUGAACUCCCAGGUGGUGCAGUUGAUGGACACCAGGUAGACGUGGCAGCCCAGCAGCACCGCCACCACCGCCGACAAGACGCCCGCCACGCAUAGCGCCGCCAGCAGGAAGCCGUUGGCGCGGAGCCACGACUCCCACGUGGCGCCGGUGGAGAUGCCCGACCUGCCGCGCGGACAAGCUGUUGUUUGAACCUGAUCAGCUGGUGAAAGUCUGUGUUGAGGUACGUACAGCGCCACCUGCAGAGCCCACAGCAGCGCCAGCAGCUGCACCGCGAGGUAGACCACGAACCAGCGGUGGUUCCUCUCGCCCACGCAGUUCUCCAUCCACGGGCAGUGGUGGUCGAAGCGACGCACACAGCGUUUGCACGUCUGACAGUGCUUGGCUCUCAUUGGCUGCUGCUCACACACGGGAAGACAGAUACCAUACAUUUGUCCAAUGUACUGCUCAGCAAAGAUCUCUAUGCUCUCCACGGUCCAUACCUGCAGCAGACAGAACCCACAACGCCGUAGACGCAGCGUGGAAGCCUGAGGCAUCAUGGACUCCGUCUCCAGUUCAGAAUCCUGCACAGGACACGUGCACAUAUGCUUUUUUACACCACGGGCGCCAGUAAGAUUCAAGAUUCAAGAGUUUUAUUGUCAUAUGCACAGUAAAACUGGUGGUUCUGCUAUGCAAUGAAAUUCUUAUUCUGUUCAUUCUCCCAAAAAAAGAAAGAAAAACACAAGAAAAUGAAUAAGAACAUAAGAAACAUAAACACCAAUAAAUUAAGCAACAACAGAAGAGACAAGAGUACAAAUAGAUAAAUAAAUAAAUAAAUAAAGUGCUAUGAGUGUGUGCGUGUGUUGCGUGCGGCGUGUGUGAGUGCUUCGUUGAGAAGCCUGAUGGCCUGUGGGUAAAAGCUGUUUGCCAGCCUUGUGGUCCUGGACUUCAAACUCCUGUAGCGUCUGCCUGACGGUAGGAGUGUGAAUAAUGAGUGUUGUGGAUGUGUGCUGUCCUUGAUGAGGUUGUGUGUUCUUCGUAGGACUCUAGUUUUAUAAAUGUCUUGCAGUGAGGG